AAAUAGAGUUUAGUAAUUUACAAUUUCCACUACAUUUUACCGAUGUAUCAAAAUUUUAAGAAAUGAAUCCUGGAAUAAGUAUAACAGUAUAUGGAUAUGAGAAAGGUUCUAAAAAUUCUAUCAAAAUAGUAUGACCAUAUUAUCACACAAAAAAGCAAAAAAUAUCCAUAUUGAAAUCUAAUUUAUUAACAGAAGGUGAAAUAUCACAUUAUGUUUGGAUUAAAAACCUUUCAAGAUUAAUUCGCAGUCAAAUUUCCAAACAUAACAACCGUUGCUAUUAUUGCCGUACUUGCUUAUGUACAUUUUCUUCAGAGAAAAAUUUAUUACUUCAUAAACAAAGCUGUAUAAUAUAAUUACAAAGUUACCUGACCCCCAAAAUAAAUUCACUAAAUUCAAAAAUUAUCAUAAAGAAAUGAAGGUACCAUUUGUGAUUUAUGCGGAUUCAGAAUGUUUAUUGGAGGUUAUUUCAACUUGUGAACUUAAUCCCUCAAUUUCCCAAUUCGUCAACAAGCAAUAUUAAGAAACAUAUUCCAAUAGCAUUUUCUUAUUAUAUCAAAUCUUCAUUUGAUAACAAUCUAGACGAAUAUAAAAUGAAAAGAGUUUAUAACAACAUUAUUAGAAGAUUGUACAAGACUUUACGAAAACUAUUUGAAAGAACCGGAACCGAUAAACGAAUUAACUAGGGAAGAAGAACUCGAUUUUGGUAAUAGAAGAGCAUGUCAUAUUUGUGAGAAAAAUUUUUCAUCAGAUGAUCAUUGUCAUUUCUGUCAUAUGAGUCUCAUUUAAUAUUUAAAGAACUAAAUAUUGUCAAGGAGGCUCUUUCGGUUUUACCUUUAAACAAAGAAACUUAUAUUUCUGUAACCAAAAUAUUAAGAUAAAUGGAAAGAAAGAACAUUUUCAAUUAAAAUUUUUAGAUUCUUUUAGAUUCAUGCAAUCUAAUCUUGAUUCAUUAGCUCAAAAUUUAGGAAGGGAAAAUUUUGCCACUAUUAGGAACAACUUUUCAAAUAAUGAGCAAUUUGAAUUAUUGAUUCAUAAAGGGGUUUUUCCGUAUGAAUAUAUGGACUCAAUUGGAAAGCUCAAUGUAACUUCUGUACCUUCUCAAGAAGCAUUCAGCAAUCAGAUGACUAAUACUUUUUGUUCGGAUGGAGAUUAUCUUCAUGCUUAAAAGAUUUGGAAUGUGUUUGAGUGUAUACUCUUAAAGAUUAUCUAGAACUUUAUUUGAAGACUGAUGUUCUUUUGCUAACAGAUGUUUUUGAAAAUUUUCGUAAUAUUUGCAUUAAAAUUUAUAAUUUAGAUCCAGCUCAAUAUUUAACAUUACCUAGUCUUACAUGGAAUGCUAUGCUAAAAUACACAAAAAUUGAAUUAGAAUUAUUUGAUGAUAUUUAUAUAUAAUUUUUUUAAAAGAGGUAUCCGUGGAGGUAUCAGCCAAUGUUCAAAAACAUAUAGUAAAGCAAACAGUAAAUAUAUGGGGAAUGAAUAUGAUUCUAAUAAACCAUCUGAAUAUAUAACAUAUUUAGAUGCAAACAAUUUAUAUGGAUGGGCUAUGUUCCAAUUACUUCCCUAUGGUUCAUUUAAAUGGCUUGAUAAUCCAUCAGAUUUUCAAGUUAAUGAAAUUUCAGAUGAUUCAGAAUUUAAAAACUUUUUCAAAUUAAUGAAUAAUACUGUUUAUGGUAAGACCAUGGAAAAUGUAGACAAAAGAAAAAUUGUUAAAAUAUCAAACUCUUGGGAAGGUAAACGAAAACAUCCGGGUGCGAGACAAUUAAUUAUGAGACCAAAUUUUCAUAGUAUUUCUAUAUUUAAUGAAGAUCUUUCUACUAUUCAGUUAAAUAAAGUAGAAGUUGUGUAUGAUAAACCGAUUUAUUUAGGGUUCACUGUUUUAAAAUUAUCUAAAUAUCAUAUGUAUAACUUUCAUUAUAACUAUAUGAAAUCAAAGUAUGGUUUAAAUAUUAAUUUAAACUAUAUGUUAUGGAUACAGAUAGUUUUAUAUACUCGUAUAGUAUAAAAACUGAUGAUUCUUAUAAUGAUAUAAGACUAGACGUACUUGAAACUAAUAAAGAAAAAUUAAUUUUCGAUACUUCUGAUUAUAAUAAAAAUAAUAAAUAUGGUUUAGCUCUUGUUAAUAAAAAAAUAAGUGGGUGGUUUAAAGGUGAGGUUAAUGGAAAAAUUGUGAAAGAAUUUAUAGGACUCAAGUCAUUUAUAGGUCAAAAAUGUAUUUAUUAGAUGUUUCAUAUGAUAAAAUAAAAAAACAUUAAAGGUGUUAAAAAAAAUUUUGUAA